AUGAGUGUACCUGCUCAGGUUCCUGGCCCGGCCGAUGGUCUUGCACCGACUCACACCUACAUUCCCAAUCAGGGUUAUGUUAAUCCCGAGGGUGCUGACCCUGCUGUGGCGGGGCAAGACCAAGAAGACGAUGAAGAAUACGACGAUAUUUUCGAGUCUGAAGACGAGGAAGGAGACCUUCUUCACCAGGAAGAAUUCCAAUCAUCAAACUCUGGUGACCUGACCAAGGCCUACAACCGCCAAAAAAAACUGAACACUCUUGCCGCCGACUCUAAUACGCCAAGAUGGACCUACCCGAAAACCAACACACAAAAGCCUACAGUCAAUACAUACGCUUCAGUCGAUGACCAGGUUAAAUCUCUGACUCGUCAUGCGGCAAAGAUCAAGCUCGAUGUUCAACAAUCUGGUUUAUCGACCAAGAACGAGCGUGGAGGAGACAGAGCAGACCGUGCAACAUCAGAGCAGGUGCUGGAUCCUCGCACUCGAAUGCUUCUUUUGCAGAUGAUCAACCGUGGACUUGUUUCAGAGAUCCACGGUUGUCUGUCGACCGGAAAGGAGGCCAAUGUCUACGAUGCCAUCUUGUUUUCCGACGAUGAUGAGGCUGUCGCCCAACACCGUGCCAUCAAGGUCUACAAGACCAGCAUUCUGGUAUUCAAAGAUCGUGAUAAGUACGUGACAGGUGAGUUCCGUUUCCGUCAAGGCUACAGCAAGAGCAACAACCGAGCAAUGGUCAAACUCUGGGCUGAGAAAGAGAUGCGGAACUUGCGGAGGAUUCACGCCUCGGGUAUUCCAUCCCCCGAGCCUUAUUACCUUCGUCUGCAUGUUCUCAUGAUGGGUUUUAUCGGAAGUUCAAAGGGUGUUCCUGCCCCUCGCUUAAAGGAUGUUGAAUUUGAUAUCCCCGAGCCCGAGACACGCUGGCAUCACCUGUAUAUGGAGUUAUUGGGCUACAUGCGAGUGAUGUACCAGACCUGCAGACUAGUGCAUGCCGAUCUUAGUGAGUACAAUAUUCUUUAUCACAAAGAGCGGCUGUACAUCAUUGAUGUCAGUCAAAGUGUUGAGCAUGACCACCCACGCAGUCUGGAAUUCCUGCGCAUGGAUAUCAAGAAUUGCAGCGAUUUCUUCCGUCGCAAGGGCGUGCACGUACUAGGCGAGCGAACCAUCUUCCAGUUCAUCUUGUCUCCUGAAGGACCGGUAGAGGCGGAGGUUGGUGGCGCGAUGUUUGAGGCCAUUGAGAAACUUUUCACUGCUCGUGACUCGGGUACUGUCGAGGAUCAGGAGGAGGAAGAAGUCGAUACUGCUGUUUUCCGUCAGCAGUAUAUUCCCCAGACCCUGGACCAAGUAUACGAUGUUGAGCGUGAUGCCGAGAAGAUCCGUGACGGAGCAGGCGGCGACCUCGUCUAUGGAGAUUUGCUUGCCGGUGGAAAGGCCAAGCCUACUGUCAAGGACGUUGAUGCCGAAAUCAAUGCUAGCGGCGAAGACGUGGCUUCAGGCUCCGAGUCCGGUGACAGUGACGAAGAGUAUGACCCCUUUGCGAAGAAGGCGCCCCGUGGUAAACGCUUCGAGGACAAGGACUCAAAGCGUGAGCAUAAGCUGAAGGUCAAAGAAGAGAAGCGAGAGCAGCGUGCUACAAAGAUGCCUAAGCAUCUUAAGAAACGUCUUGUCUCUACUUCGUCAAAGAAGAAGAAAUAG